UGCACGAAUGCAACAGUUGUCUGCUAAUAAUAACAACCUGCUGCGCCUUUAAGAGGAUGACUGAGGAGGAAACCUAAUAUCUCUCCAUAUCGAGCUCAAGUCUCCAUCAAUUAACAGUAAGAGCCGAGAACAGGACGAUUUCUGAAUCUGUCCCUGUGCGCUUUUCACCAGACUCCACCUGCUUUUUGUUGUUGUUGUUUUUUUCGUUUUUUCACACAUAACCCGGAUUAAAUUUCGCAUUGCACCUUUAAGAAGCUGUCACCGGGAUUAGAGUUACGCGCAGCAAGCCAAGUCUCUCCGGAGGGGUUUUACGCACCGUCGGCAUCCAGGGGAGGCUCUCCUUCAGCGACAUUUCUCCCUCUGCCCCUCUUCUUCCCAGCUGGUCCUGACACUAACAGGGGAGCCCUCCACACCGCACGACAUGGCCGAAAUAGGAAAAGGGGUCACCGCCGGGAAACUGGCCAUCAACGUCCAGAAGAGACUCACCAGAGCGCAGGAGAAGGUCUUGCAGAAGCUCGGCAAAGCGGACGAGACCCGAGACGCUGUCUUUGAGGAGAUGGUGGCCAACUUCAACAAGCAGAUGGCCGAAGGCACCAAACUGCAGAAAGACCUGAAAGCCUACGUGACAGCAGUGAAAACUCUGCACGAUGCGUCGCGGCGGCUGCAGGACUGUCUGGCCGACAUGUACGAGCCCGACUGGUUUGGCAAAGAGGAGAUGGACGCGCUGGCAGAGGACACAGACACUCUGUGGUUAGACUACCACCAGAACAUCACGGACAAAUCUUUGAACUGCAUGGACACGUACCUGACUCACUUUCCUGAAAUUAAGGCUCGCAUAGCGAAGCGCGACAGGAAGAUGGUGGACUUUGACAGCGCCAGGCAUCACUUCGCCUCCUUACAGAAAGGAAAGAAGAAGGACGAGGCCAAGAUCGCCAAGGCGGAGGAAGACCUGGGUCGAGCCCAGAAGAUUUUCGAGGAGCUGAACGUGGAGUUACAAGACGAGCUUCCAUCACUGUGGGACAGUCGUGUUGGCGUCUAUGUUAACACAUUCCAGAGCCUGGCAGGUCAUCAGGAGAAGUUCCACAGAGAAAUGAGCAAGCUCAGCCAAAACCUGAACGACAUCAUGACCAAACUGGAGGAGCAGCGACAGCUCAAAAAAGGUGGUACUGCAUCAGCCAAGACAGGAGAUGGUGGGAAGAGUGAUGAAGCAAACCACAGUGAAUCAGCCAGCUCAGCACCAAAGGUGGUGCUGAGACCCGGCCCCCCUCCCAGCCGGCCUCCCCCCAGACCGACGGCGUCUCCGGACCAGAGACAGCAGCAUGACGCAAACACAGGCGCCACUACCGCAACGACAGAGCAGAGCGCGGUGACCAAUGGCUCUGAUGGUGAACUCCCUCCAGGAUUCCUCUACAAGGUAAAAGCGAUACACGAAUACGCCGCCACCGACGGCGAUGAGCUGGAACUGAAUACCGGAGAUGUUGUGCUGGUUUUGGCCUUUGACAACCCAGAGGAGCAGGACGAUGGCUGGCUCAUGGGCCUGAAGGAGUCUCACUGGGUGCAGAACAAAGAUAUUUCAGCCAAAGGUGUUUUCCCUGAAAACUUUACCCAGAAAGUUUGAAACUUAUGCCACCUAAAGAUUCUGUCCCCAACUCCUCACGUGUUACCUGAGACAGACAAAGUCAAAAUGUCAUUAAAUGUCCACACAUCAAAAUAAACUGUUGCAUCUGAAUUAGAAAUGUGCAUCAAAAUACGAGAACAUCUCAGUGGCUAUGACACCGAACGUGUCAGUUUGUACUCAUCACUGAUUUAUACAAAACAAAUUAAACAAAUGUCAAAGUUAAACGAUGAUAAAGUGGGAGCCUAAAGGAUGCACAAAUAUCUCAAAUCUUUAGAUCUCAAAUUAAAAACAAAAAUAACAUUUUCCUAAUCCUAAAUUAUUAAUAUUUUGCUGAACUCAAGUGAAACACAAAACAGCGUGUUAUGAAUAUUUUAAAAGGAGAAAUAAGUCAUGGAUGUACUGUAUGAAUGUCAACGUAUUUAUGUUGUUCACUGUCAGCAGUUUUUGAAACGUGUACGCUCUGACAGUUCCUUUGCAUGAAGCAUUUGAUUGUCAUUUAUUUAUGUCAUUUAUUUUGUAACACAAACACUGUGACACCAGGUAAGAUUGCUCUAUGAAAUAUGGCUGUGCAGGUGUCCUAGACUAGAGCCCUGGAAAACACUGCAGAUAUAAACAGUACGUUUGCAGGGCUUUGCCUUGCAUUAGUAAAAUCUAUUACAGUUUUUUGGGCUUGUAGGAUUUUCAGAGGGAACAGCAGCUUUUCAUUUAUUUUACUGGACAUUUUGAGGACAUGAUUUGACGUGUGGCUUAAAUUUUCUAAUGCGCAUAUGGUUUUAUUUUGACUUUUCAAUGAUAUUUUCAUUGAAGCAUGAGGUGCUUGAAAUGCAAAACCUCAUCAUCAAACUCAGCUGCUGAUUUUGUCCUUCAUUUUCUUUAGUUACCAGUGUUGAUGACUAUUUACCACCAGUUUAGAUGCAAACCUUGUUUCCCAGUAUUGGAAGACAUAUAUACUGCAUACUUUGAGUCCAUUGCUCCAGUGCUCCAGUGCAACAGCUAAAUGAGGUUAAAACAUUAAAACACGAACCUUUGUUUGGUUCAAAAUGAGGAGCCUGUCAUCCAAAGUAGUUCUGACCAAACAUCCUGCAAAGAGCAAAGUCGAACCCAUGCAAAAGGUAUUUUUAUACUGUGUGGAAUUAAUGAACGUGGUAACUAAUGCAUCAUCUGUUGGAUCAAAUCAGUCAUUAAAGAUGAAUGAAAGAACA